CAAUAUAUUUCACUCUCAAAUUCUGAUAUACAUCAUUCUCCUGGUGGGAGUUGUAUGUAAUGCCGCUGGUUCGCCGGUGGUUGUGAGACUUCUGACACUUCUUCCGUCUGGGCCAGUUUGUCAGAAGGCGCCUUACUUGGGUGGCCUUCACGCUCGAAGGUAGGGGCUAGGCGUGUGGAUACCCCGCGGGAUAGUCUCUGGGGCUUGUUGGGGACGAAUCGAUGGAGUAGCAGCGGGUAUUCAUGAUCGUAGAUUGAGUUCCUGGCAGAUGGAUCAAGGGAGUGAAUAUAGACCAACAAUAGCCAAGCGAACGAACAAUGUCAAGCUCGGCGGAGAAGGUCGACCGAAGCCGCCUAACUUGCGAUCAAGGUCUAAGCUUUAUACUAGACCGUGGAGACGUUUCUGUGUGCAGUACUCGCAGUUUGGCCUCCUGCUUUGGUUGGGCGGCUUUCUGAAGACGUCGAAUGCGACAAACGCUGUCGCUUUCUGGGAUCGAUAUUUGUACAAGAGGAAAGGAGAAGUGGUGGACAGCUGGUAGAUUAUCUGUUGUCCGCUAGGUAUGCGCCUUGCCUCUCCUGCAGCCAAGCAGGCAGCUCUUCCUAAUAGGCGACAUCUGAGACUCCAUAUUUAGUGAGUGUGAGCAAUUGCGAUCAAAGAAUGGCGUCGAGAUUGCAUGACAGCGGACACGUUCAAGUCAUAACACUUGACUGUCGUGUUAUCUGAGGCCAAUGUUGGGGAGGAAGUGGGGA